AGACACCAGGAGUUGAUACCUCCGGAGCCGCACCGGACCAGCCGUUAACCCACACCUGCAAUGUUUGGCUCGUCAAAGACAUCGUCGGCAACGGGUCCGCCGCCGUCCCGACCGUCGACACUGCCGUCGCCCUCGAGGGCCAGCAUAGAGGAGGCCAACAGUCAUCUGCGGGCCGUUCAUCACCGGUGCGAACAACUGGAACAGACAAUAGACGCCCAGAAGCGACAGAUGACGGCCGCCGAAGAUAAGCACCGGCAAGAGGUUCACCGAUUGGUCGACACGCAUGACAAACACGUCCAGCAUAUGGACAGACAGAUGAUGGCCCUCAAGGAUCGGAUCCACGAUUUGGAGCACAAACUGGAGAAACAAAACUAUAAACUGAUGGAAGAAAACGCCAAACAAAUGGAGAAAUUGUCACAAAUACUGAAACUGACGCCCAAUUUAGAGAAAUUACUU